UCCUCGCUCUGGCCACGAUAUCGAUGCCGGCAUUGUAUAUAUUCUGCAUGUUAUAUGCGGUUAUCUCACAGCUCGGCCGGCAAAUCAAAUCGAGGGGUGUCAGCUUACGAGCCUUGGAGAAUAGGCUUGAUCGAAAUAUCAGGUAGUCGUAUUCACGCAACGAAAUAGCUUCCGGAAUGUCGUACGAAGACGUAUCAUCACGGGCCACAGCCCUUCGGCAAGUGAUUAAACUCAUACAAGAUUCGGUAGAAACGUUGAUCGCAGAAUGGGAGAAUCCGGCUCCGGAUGCAGUACCAGCAUCCGAGACCAGCUUCGCGAUACCCGGCCGCAAGGCCUACGAUGCGCAACGGACCAUCAUUGCGUCGCUUGGCUCAAUCGAGGAGCUUGUAGCCGAACCACACCUGCGACUUGUAGAUUUUGCCGAAUUAUACUUCGAGGUUCGAGCGUUGCAUAUAGCGAUGGAGCACGAUAUUGCUAUUCUGCUGGCAAAGGGCGGCGAGGACGGAGUUAUUGUCGAGGAUCUGGCAAAUGCAACCGGACUAGAAAAGAGCAAGUUAGUCCGCAUCUUGCGAGCGUUAACAACCCAACACAUCUUCCGCGAAGUUGGGCCAGACAGGUUUGCGAACAAUAGGAUCUCCCAAGCCCUAGUAGGUGACGAGAGGUUACAAGCUCAAGUGAAAUGCAGCUCCAUGGGAUUUGCUGCUGCGUCGGCAUUACCAGAAGCUUUAAACGACCCCGUUCGAGGACCAAGCCAUGACCCUCAACAAGCUGCUUGGACACUAGCUUUGGGUUCAGAAAUUCCAUUCUUCGACUGGAUGAAUCAGCGAGUGCCACGUUCACAGGCGGCUGAGAAAGCGAGUCCUGGAGCCGCAAGAGGACCAUACAAGGAAGUAGAGGCAUCUCCUGACGAGGAGUUGGUUCCAAGGAACGACGCCCAAACCUAUAACAUGUAUUUGGCAGGUAAUAGCAAGAGUUUGGGAAGCACCCACCUAUACGAUUUCCCAUGGGCCGAAUUGGGGAAUGGGUUGGUUGUCGACGUUGGGGGCGGUGUCGGUAGCUUCGAUCUUCAACUGGCUCGCUUAUACUCAGAACUCCGCUUCAUCGUGCAGGACCAAGCGGUUGCAACGGAACAGGGCGUCUUGAUGUGGCAAAAGGAGUUUCCCGAAGCUCUGGAGUCGGGACGGACGAAAUUUCUAACGCAUGACUUUUUCCAGCCAAACCCGGUGAAAGGGGCUGACAUUUAUUGGAUGCGACACGUCCUGCAUGAUUGGAAAGAUGAGGACUGUGUUAGAAUCCUGUUGAGAACGGCAGAGGCUAUGGGCCCAAACUCGCGAUUGCUCGUUGCCGAUAUCACAUUGACCGAAACAAUAGGAGAUGCGUAUAUCAAAUCCGCGCCGAAACCACUUCUAGCCAAUUACGGUAUUCAUGGUCACCAUGGAUUUUCUCUGGAUAUCGCCAUGAUGUCUCUGAUGAACGGUAAAGAGCGUACCCCUUCGGAAUUCCGGAGGUUAUUUGAGCGUGCGGGAUUGAAGAUGGUUAAGGUGUGGGAAUGUCGUAGUACAUUGGGUAUAAUCGAAUGUCGCUUAGGUUGAGUUGAAUCGAGUUGACUUAGAGCAUUGUGGUGAAAAGGAGGCGAGGCGAAGUAUGUGAUUUGUGGCGAUCUAGGUCCCUCAUCUUCCCAGUCAACGACGUUCUGGAUGAUGCUAUACUUAUUCACCGCUUGAUGUCUUGAUCAGUGCACUGCCUCCUAUGUCAAUACUACUUAAGUGUAGGAAGUUAGGCA